AUGGCUGCGAAUUUCUUCAGCAACAAAGCCCGGGCUGCAGCUGCAGCUUCGGGUACCUCCAAGCAAAAGCCAACGGAUGGAAAGGAUGAACAAGGUCGACAACAACCAUGGGUUGAGAAAUAUCGUCCCAAGACUCUUGAUGAUGUCGCCGCACAAGAUCACACCACCAAGGUUCUCCGACGCACGUUGCAAGCUUCUAAUCUCCCCCAUAUGCUUUUCUACGGCCCUCCCGGUACCGGAAAGACUUCCACAAUUCUUGCUCUCGCAAAGUCGCUCUUUGGUCCUACUCUCUACCGCUCGCGCAUCCUUGAAUUGAACGCUUCCGAUGAACGUGGUAUUGGCAUUGUGCGCGACAAGAUCAAAAACUUUGCUCGUGCCCAACUCAGUCACUCAACAGGCAUGGGUGCGGAAUACCUGGCCAAAUACCCGUGUCCCCCAUUCAAGAUCAUCAUUCUCGAUGAGGCAGACAGUAUGACACAGGACGCGCAGUCCGCUCUUCGUCGUACCAUGGAGCAGUACAGUCGGAUCACCCGUUUCUGCUUAGUCUGUAACUAUGUGACUCGUAUCAUUGAGCCGCUGGCGAGUCGGUGCAGCAAGUUCAGAUUCAAAGCUUUGGACAAUACGGCGGCGGGAGAUCGGCUGGUCCAGAUCGCCAAGCUGGAAAACCUGAGAUUAGAAGAGGGUGUGGUUGACAAGCUGAUCAGCUGUAGUGAAGGUGAUUUGCGACGUGCGAUCACCUAUCUGCAAAGUGCGGCCAAGCUGGUUGGGGCCGGUAGGGUCGAGAAGAAGGACGAUGACGAAGAUACCGAGAUGGCAGAUGAAAGCUCGGAAUUGAUCACUGUCAGGACCAUCGAGGAGAUCGCUGGUGUUGUCCCUGAGAGCGUUUUGGAUGAUUUGACCCGGGCUCUGCAGCCGAUGAAGGUUGGGUCGUCUUAUGAUGCUGUUUCAAAGGUGGUCACGGACAUUAUUGCAGAUGGAUGGAGUGCCAGUCAGCUUCUUCUCCAGCUGUAUCGGCGCAUGAUCUACAACGAUGCUAUUCCCGACAUUCAGAAGAAUAAGAUCGUGACGGUCUUUUCGGAAAUGGACCGUCGUCUGGUUGACGGAGCUGACGAGCACCUGACCAUCCUUGACGUCGCACUCAAGAUUUCUGGCAUCUUAGGCGGCGCGUAG